GUUCCAUUACAGCUUAUAGAAAGCGUUGAAUGCCGAGAUAUAUUUCAGCUUCAUUUGACUUGCAAAGACUGCAAAGUUAUAAGGUGUCAGUUCUCAACCUUUGAACAGUGUCAAGAUUGGCUUAAUCGACUGAACAAUGCAAUCCGACCACCUGCUACAAUAGAAGAUCUCUUCUCAUUUGCAUACCAUGCUUGGUGCAUGGAGGUCUAUGCCAGUGAAAAAGAGCAACAUGGAGACCUGUGCAGACCAGGGGAGCAUGUAACGUCAAGGUUUAAGAAUGAAGUGGAGCGAAUGGGUUUUGAUAUGAACAACGCCUGGAGGAUUUCUAACAUCAAUGAGAAAUAUAAGUUAUGUGGUAGUUAUCCACAAGAGCUCAUAGUGCCUGCCUGGAUCACUGAUAAAGAGCUAGAAAGUGUAGCAAGCUUCAGGUCCUGGAAAUGUAUCCCUGCCGUUUUCUACAGGGAGGGAAUGGUUCAGAGAACUUUCCAGGCAAGUCUGUGCUUCCUUAUUGCUAAAGCUGCUUUUCUGUUUUCACAGUUCUCAGAGACACAGGUUUAUUUAGUUUUUACCCAUCCCCCCUUCCUGAUGUCCGUAGAUUCUUCUCUAUCAAAUGCUUCAGGAGCAGAGAGUUUAGCCAUCCAACCGCAGAAGCUUUUGAUCUUGGAUGCUCGCUCCUAUGCAGCAGCUGUGGCAAACCGAGCCAAAGGAGGAGGCUGCGAAUGCCCAGAUUAUUACCCAAACUGUGAAGUUGUGUUUAUGGGGAGUUUUCAGUCUUUGAGGUUGCUGUGCACACAGACGCCAGAUCCGGGAAAUUGGCUUUCAGCUCUUGAAAGCACAAAGUGGCUUCAUCACCUAUCUGUGCUUUUGAAGUUGGCCCUUCUGGUGGUGCAAGCUGUGGAUUGUGACCAGCAACCUGUACUAGUGCACUGUUCAGAUGGCUGGGACCGCACCCCUCAGAUUGUGGCACUGGCUAAGCUCUUGCUGGACCCUUAUUACCGAACCAUAGAGGGUUUCCAGGUCCUUGUGGAGGUGGAGUGGCUAGAUUUUGGCCAUAAGUUUUCUGAUCGGUGCGGUCAUGGGGAGAUGACCUCGGAUGAUCUGAACGAGCGUUGCCCAGUGUUUCUGCAAUGGCUUGAAUGCGUUCAUCAGCUUCAGAGGCAAUUUCCUUGCUCUUUUGAGUUCAAUGAAGCAUUCCUGUGAGUGAAACUGGUGCAGCAUACCUAUUCCUGCCUCUUUGGAACAUUCCUGUGCAACAAUGCCAAGGAGAGAGGUGAAAAGCAUUCUCAGGAAUGAACAUGUUCUGUAUGGUCGCUUCUUCGGGCUGGCAGCAAGGCUUUCAAAAACCUACUGUAUUCCUCUCAGUCAGAAGCGGUACUGUACCCUGUGUGCCAUUUGUGUAACCUGAUGCUGUGGAGUGCAGUGUAUCUGCCCUGCCCAUCUCCUUCUGCCCCUGUGGAUGACAGCUGUGCACCAUAUCCAGUCCCAGGCACCAGCCCUGAUGAUCCUCCCCUGAGCCGCAUACCAAAGACUAGAUCAUUUGACAAUCUGACCAUAGCCUGCGACAGCACAGUGCCUCUGGCCAGCCGGCGAAGCAGCGACCCCAGCUUGAAUGAGAAGUGGCAGGAGCACCGGCGCUCUCUGGAACUGAGCAACCUUGCUGGUCCUGGAGCGGAGCCAUCUGCUGACACCCGGGUGCAGGGUGCUGAGCUGUCCGUGGCAGCUGGGGUGGCUGAGGGGCAGAUGGAGAACAUUUUGCAAGAGGCCACCAAAGAAGAGAGUGGGGCUGAAGAGCCUGCACACAGGGGUAGUGUGGAGAUGCCACAGAUCAAAGAGGAGAACAGGAUAGCAACUGAGGGCUCAGCCAUUGUACUUUACCAAGAAGCAGAGUUGGGGGUUGCUAUUCUGAGGAGCCAUCCAGACUCCAGCCUGUCUCUAUUCUCACAGGGUAUUCCUGAAGAGCAGGGUGGGCCCAGUGUUCUCUCCAGUUCACUCCAGGAACCCUACAGGGGAGAGGAUUCUCGGGAGGUUCCUUUGGAGCAGCCUCCAAUAGAGGAUAUUGCGGAGAACCAGGAGGAUGCAGCUCCUUCCAUCCCAGUAGAUGUAAAAGUUGGUUUUGGUACCUCACUGUCUAGUUCUCUGCCACCUUCCCAAGUCCCUUUUGAGACCAGAGGACCAAACAUGGACAGUUCCAUGGAUAUGUUGAUGGAAGAUAAUGUGAAGUCAGAAAGUGGACCCCAAGUCCACCGUAAGCCUUGCCUGGUUAUCACUGGCAGGUUCAGUGGCAAAGACGUGCUUCCCCCAGCACUGGAGCCCAGGCCUGCUGAGAGGAGCCUCAUUGAGAAGCCACAAGGGGGGUCUGUGGUCCACAGGACUUCUCCUGGCAGCACUCUUAGCCCAACAAAGGCCCCUUGUGCCUUGCCUUUAGCCGAAUGUAAAGAGGGGUUUGUGUGUAACGGUGCCCCAGAGACUGAAAACAAGGCCUCAGAGCAGCCCCCAGCACUUGGCACCCUCCAGAAGAACUCCACACCCAAUAGGCACUGUGCCAAUGCGGAGGCUGGGAGGAGCAAGGACUCGCUGAGCCGCCAGCUGUCUGUCACAAGCUGCAGCUCUGUCCAUUUACACUCUGGAAACUUGCACCACAAGUGGCUGCAUAGCCACUCGGGAAGGCCAUCCGCAGUCAGCAGCCCUGAGCACCCUUCCCGCAGCCACCUGGAUGAUGAUAGCAUGCCUGUGUACACAGACACAAUCCAACAGCGCCUGCGUCAUAUCGAGUCAGGCCACCAGCAGGAAGCGGAGACCUUGAAGAAACAAGUCCAGGAGCUGAAGAGUCGCCUGGAGAGCCAAUACCUGACUGGAUCACUGCGCUUCAAUGGGGACUUUGGAGAUGAAGUGACUUCAAUCCCUGACUUGGAAAGCAAUCUGGAUCAGAACUGUUUGUCUCGCUGCAUCACAGAGAUUUUCUCUGAAGCCAGCUGGGAGCAGGUGGAUAAACAGGACACAGAGGUACAGGCUCAGCCCCUGCUCUCAGUGCUAUCCAUGCAACUAUUUGGUGGUUUUUCUUCAGCCCCAUCCCUGCCCCAUGCCCCUUACCAAGGAAGAACCUCAUAGCACAGUUAGUUCUGAGCUUCUGGUAUUUCAGCUCCUGUGAACCCACAUCAGGCCCAUCAUUUCUGAGCCAGAGAGACUCAGCAGGUUGGCCCUCUGUCUACGUUGCCUCUGUGAACUGGACCCUUACCAGCUCUCACAGCAACCUAGGGUGAUGCUGCCACUUUAUCUCAGGGGAGAUUGGA